UGACAUUGCUUGCUCAGACAUUGCUAAAGCAGCCUUUUCAUGGUUUGGUUUGUUUGUUUUUAAGGGAAAGGCUCCGCACCGUCAGCUUGCUGAAAGGAUGUUCGCUAGCUAUGAUUGCACCUCACCAAAGUAAUGGGCUCUCCUACUGCCGUCAUUUGCCGAUGCUUCUUGAUGUGACAUAGGCCACAUGACUGGGAUGUCCAAAUGGCAAGUGUUGACAGGUAAUGGUCACUAGAAGAAGGCUUCCGUUGUUUAUCAUGGUGCUACUGAAAGUCUACUGGGAGCUGACAGAUGCCACUCCAGAAGGUUAAUAAGAUGAAGGCAGCUCCUCCAGCUGGACCAUAAGAGGGAUUAUGUCUGAGCAGCAGAUAAACAGCUUAUUCCAGAAACAGACACUGCUUUUUUUUCUUCUUGUUUAAACUUCGUCACUCUUCUCCAAAUUCUCACUCCAGUUCUACUUUCAUUCUCUCUGGGUGACAGGUGUGAGCUUGAGAAUUUGCUCAGGUUUUCUGCAUCCACACCUGUUAUUACACAUCGGGCCAGAGAGCAUUCUAAACGACUUGGGGUUUGGCAACCCCUUUCGGGAGGGUGGGAAACGCAGCUAGUAGGAAGUUUUGUUCCUAAAGUCAGUCCAACAUAAGUUCUGUUUCCUGAAUAACCAGCCUUGAACAUUGUGAAUGAUAAAAAAGCAGCAUGCAUCUGAAAAGUGGAUUAAUAUUUCUUAUAAUUUGGCUCGCGCUCCAAGUUCAAGGAAGCAAAGAAACCCCUAAUAAAAUGAAUCGCGGUGAAGCAAAACAUCUUGCAGAUGCUUCAGGGUCUGAAAAGUCAGAAAGAACGACAAAGAGGUCUAAAGUAUCCACCAUUCGAAGGAUAUUUGAUAUGGCGAAACAUCGAACAAAGAGGUCUUCUUUUUUCCCAACUGGAGUGAAGGUUUGCCCUCAAGAGUCAGUGAAACAAAUUUUAGCAAGCCACCAAGCUUAUUAUAGGCUAAGAGUCUGCCAAGAAGCUGUAUGGGAAGCCUUCCGGAUCUUUCUGGAUCGGAUUCCAGAUGCAUCAGAAUACCAGAAUUGGGUCACCGCCUGUCAACGAGACACUUUCUGCAUAUUUGACAUUGGGAAAAAUUUCAGUAAUUCUCAGGAGCAUCUGGAGAUAAUUCAACGGCGAGUAAAACACAGAACCUUCCAGGAUAGAAAAGAGGAAAUUUCUACAGAGAAAACUAGUGGCAAAAAAAUUGAAGAACCUUCUGUUGCUACAGCAGCCCCUACAGGCCCCGUUGUUGACGACACCAAAGUUCCUGUGAAGGAGCCAAAGCCAGAGGUCCCGAACAUAGUCCCCGAACGUCCUGUGGAGCAGAUGGUGGAGUUCAGUGUGACCCUCACUGACCAGGAGUAUACUCCAGAACUGAGUGAUCCUACAUCUCCUCAGUACCAGAAACUAGCUGAAAAAUUUCAGCUUCAAAUGCAAAAGAUAUUUGAGAAACUUGCAGGAUUCAAAGAAAUCCGUGUAUUAGGAUUUAGACAGAAGAAGGAAAAAGAUGGGUCAAGCAGCACGGUAGCUCGGUAUGUCAUCAACUUUGAGAGAGAGGAGUCCGAAGUUAAAGGUCCUGCGGAUGACAUCUCAACUAUCAGCUCCAACAAGAUUGAAAACGAAAAAGGUUCUAUUAGUACGGAGGGCGAGAUACCAGCAACUAAACCGAGAGUGACAGACCUCCAGCAGAUGGUUGCCAUGGCACUACAGGAAGAUAAGUCACUGUCCAUGGAUCUUGGGACACUUCAGUUUGCUGACGAAACCAUUAGGCCAUCAAGUGACGUAGAUAAUGAUAUCCAAUCCAUGGUAACCGAUGGUGUCGCUGGACCUGGGUUGACCUCUGAAGUACCACUGGUUUAUGCAAGUCCAGCAACAGUUAAUGACAUUGAGGAUACAAACCUCAUUCUAGAUUACCCAAUGCCCACAGUGCCUUUCAAUGCCUUGGAUAGUACUGGGGUUCCUCUCAGACCAGGAGAUCCUGAUUCACCACCUCCAGCAGAUCAAUCAGCCAGCAAUGAUUUAAGCCCAGCCUUUUCUGAGAUGCCGACUGAACAGUUAUUCACACCUGCAACAUUUACUGCUGGUAUCUUUCAGGAGGUUAGCGAUGAGGAGAGUGAAGAUGAGAAGAUGAAAGACCAGAUCCCCAGCACAGACUCAACAAUCCUCUCAGAGCAAGAUGUAAAGAUUACUGAUGACCUGGAAUCUUCAGGUGAUGAGAUUUUGGCUGCAAUAACUACUAUACCAUAUGUCAUUGGUUCUCCUGCUCUUCCCACCUCUCUUCCUGAAGAUGAUAUUUUGGGGCCUACAGAUCAGAUCAUUUUAUUGCCUGCUGUGACUACCAGUGGUCCUUCUGUUGUCAUUGACCAGUCUUUCGAAGCAACAAGCUCUGGGUGGGCAGUGACUGACGGUGACAUCCCUACAGGAUUUGACUUGGGGGUGCAAGAUAUUGCUACUGAACUAGAUACGGUUGACAUCAUGAGGCCAGCAACAAUUAGUGAGGAUGGAAGUGGCUACUAUGCACUGCCUGAAACUCCAGAUAUGACUCCAGCUCCUCCACUGAAGUACGUCACCACCAGCUCAAUGACAACUGCAGCCAAAGGCAAAGAGCUAGUAGUCUUCUUCAGCUUGAGAGUAACCAACAUGCGGUUUUCCGAUGACCUCUUCAAUCGGAGUUCCUCAGAAUACAAAGCACUCGAACAGCAGUUCAUGCAGCUGCUUCUUCCUUACCUACAGUCCAACCUAACAGGCUUCAAGCAACUGGAAAUACUGAACUUCCGCAAUGGAAGUGUGAUUGUCAACAGCAAAAUGAAGUUUGCCAAGUCAGUGCCGUACAACAUCACAGAGGCUGUCCAUUGUGUGCUGGAGGAUUUUUGUGAUGCAGCAGCUCAGCGCCUUAACCUUGAAAUUGACAGCUAUUCCCUUGAUAUUGAGCCAGCUGAUCAAGCAGAUCCUUGCAAGUUCAUGGGAUGCGACGAAUUUUCACAGUGCAUAAAGAAUGACUGGACGAAAGAGGCCGAUUGCCUUUGUAAGCCUGGUUAUGUACGAAGAGAUGGUCUGCCGUGCCGUAGCCUGUGUGAAAUUGAGCCACACUUGUGUGUUAAUGGUGGCAAGUGUGAACUGGUUCCAGGAAGAGGGGCAGUGUGUAGAUGCCCAGCCCGUAGAAACAGCCGAGGGCGUUGUGCAAAAUACGCUCCAGCACCUACCCGGUCCAACAUCUCCAAAGCUUUGAUGCUUGGCUUAUUAAGCCUAGUUAUUCUUCUCGUCACUUUAAUAUAUAAGUUGCGAAGAAAAUGCAAUACCAAGCCUAAACUGGAAGGUCCUCCUCUCAGCCAAAGCAACACAGAGAAUGCUGUCAGAAUUAAUCCUGCCUUUGACCACCAUGAACCCAUCAGUAGUUUGUGUCAUGGGCCAUGUAACGUAAGUGCUUGUAUCAGUCCUUCAGAGAGCAGUGAUCAAGGAGCACUGCAAAAGCAUGAGCACAGAACAGAGCAUGGAGGCCACCUGAUACAAAGCAAAGACUGAUGAGUUAGUAUCUGACGCCCUGAAUUCUAGGCAACAGUCAGCGGACAUAAAGAUUUUCACCAAGAGGACUGCUGGUUAUACCAAGUUCACUCACCUGGAUAAAUGGAGUCUUUGGGGGAGGAGGGAGGCAACAACCAAGCUUCAGAAGGCAACCCAUACUUUGUUUCCAUAACAGUGAACACAUUAACUGAAGUUUAUAUCUGAGUAAAAAACAACAAGGUGGCUGCACCUACUUUCCGUCUAAACUGUUGUCCUCCAUUACAUAAUAUCCAUGUUAUCAUGAAUGCAGUGCUAAAUGUAUUUAAUAACUGUACAGUGUUUAUACGAUAAAUAUUUUUAUUUUAAAGCUUAGAUUCAGAUGCAGAAGUCUCUGCUGGAAAAGUUACCAUUGGUAGUAUUCUGUCCCAAAAUAAAUGAACAGAAAAGUGGCCGACACAUAUACUAACUACUGGAAUGGUUGUCAGUUAUGUGGUAGUAACUGUUUUAUUAUAAUUACUGGAGAAUCAUAUUGAAGGCUUACAAUGGGGUUUUCAGCCCUAAACGCCACCACCGGUGAUUAUUGUAAGUCUUUAUUAAAUUUGUUAGUCACUUUCUCUUGUUCAGGGCAACCUAAAGUGACCUACAAUCAGACAGACAGAAACUAAACCCCACAAUGCUGUUCUUUUACAGAUAUAAAGACAUUAAGUGGACAUUUUUAUUUUAACUAUAAUUGCUAAGAGAUUAUCCUAUAUGCUUUUGAGAAUCGGCCUGUAAAUUUUAGGCUGUGUGUAUAAGGGAUGUGUUUGCUAUCAUAUAGUUGUGAUAGAUUGCAGUAAUUGUUUUUGUUCGCACAGAACAGACACCAAGCCACUAAUGUGGUGUGAUUUGUUACUGUACAAGACUUCUCAACUAGCAACAUGUAGGCACAUCUAGUAAGAUUUUUCAAAAAAUUGACACACACACACACACACCCCAACUACAACCCACACUUCUGUGCUCGGUCAUUUGUCUAAAUGGAAUAAUAGGUUGUGCAGAACCGUCAAUGCAUGCUAAACACCGCAUAACUGGUAGUGAUCCGAUUUGCUUUCAGUAAAAACAAAGUGCUUCAGGUGUCUGCAGCAAGUAAGGGGGCAGAGACUUGUUAGAUAGGUUGGUGCAUGUGCAUAAUCCUACAAUCAGCCAGGAAUAUGCAUGAGCCUCAAUUUCAAAUAUUCUAAAGCAGCAAGAGAUUAGGAAGCGCAGCUUAGAGGCCCUUUAUCACCCCAACCCCCAGAUGUACAGAAUAUCCAAAGCCAGAAUUAUUUAAAGUUAGGUGUGCCUAGGAACCGAGCACUAAGGGGAAGUCUUUUACUAGGGCUAGCAUUGCUUCCUUUCUUUUUUGGAGCGGCAGGUGUUUUCCUUUAAUUAUCAAGUGCAUUUCUGCUCUGGGUAUAAUCCUAGUGCCCUGAACCAUCUCUCCUUCCUGCGUGCAUUUAGGCAAUACAGCUUAUAUAAACAAUAUCAUGGCUAAUUGCUUCUCUUAAAUGUUUACUCAGAGCCAAUACCUGUAAGAGUUGAGCUAACUAAUCUUCAUCUAUUUAUUUUAUGGUGUCAAGAAAGUCGCCUGCCAAGUUAUAUUCUCAUAUGGGCUCAUAGACGCCGCAUUAGAGGUAGUCAGCCACCUCAAGGUAAAAAAAAUGUUGAGUUUACAGUCAAGUGUAACAUUAUUUAUGUAUACAUGGAGAAGAUCUCAUCUUAACGUCAGUGAGGAAGCUUACAUGGACGCCAAGGUACCAUUUCACAGCCUAGAUGACAUUUUUAGGGCAUAUAUCUGAAGAUAUCCCACUAUACACCAGGCACUAUUGGAGGUUGUGUAAGUUAAGAUUCCUCAUUGUAUUCAAUAUAUUUUCAUUUCAAAGCUAUUUUUUUGUAUAUGUUUAUUCAUACCAAUUUCUAUAAGAAAAACAAUAGAAAUCGUUUUUACAUGUCAGUUUUAAUAAUGAAACAAUUGUUCUUGACCAUAAUUUAUCAUUUUCAAAUAUUAAUUACCAAAUAUCUUUGCUGGAUGAGAGAAUGUUUUGUAUUUCAAUAAAAUAAUAAAAUAUUUAACUAGAGUGUAG